GAUGAUUCAACACAAAGCACACUAACGUAUUUUUCUUGUGUUAUGACAUGAUAUUAACAGGUACCAGCGUCAUUCAUUUGCUCUAUCGAAGUUUUUCACGCGAUCUCUCUGCGAGAGAGCAGUCAUUUGCGUCUGCGCCGUUGAGCGGCCAUAGUGUUACGUUCCGCGGUAUCUUGUAAACAUUUUAUUUAAAAAUACAAAAAUAAAUGUAUGUUCAGCUGUAUCAAUAAUAACUGCACAAAAAAUACAAUGUGACGGCGUGUUAUUGAUUGACAUUAAACAUAUGCGUUAAUCAAUUUCAUGAAAUAGUGAAAAUGUUCUUGCAUCGAAGUUACUUUAUUUUAAAUAAGUUAUUAAAUUGAGAAGUGCUUUGUUUUCGAUAUUUUUUUUGUAAUAUAACAUGUUUGCGUCGUAGAAUUAGUUAAAGGAAAUAAUCCGUGCCGGGUGUCUCCAGCAAGUGUGCCGCGCGGCAGCGAUUUCACCCGCGUCACGCACGUCGUGUUCGCGUAGUCGCCUCUUUCGCGAGUGUUUGAUCCAAUUAGAAACAUUUGCAUGAGCAUCUACAUUGUACCGUGUUGUGUGAUAGUGAAAGUGAGCGCAAUGCUCGCGCUCAGCUGAGCGGAGUGACGUCUUGUGUGACGUCGCGACAUGGGCCAUGUGGAGAAUAUGCGGCGUCAGUAAGGCCGAGCCCGUGUUGUUCUCUAGUGGCAUUGAUGACGAUUAUCAGCCGACAUGGCGAUUGUGGGGCGAAGAACGGGUGGAUGGUGCAAUAUACACGGUAUAUCUAAAGAAGGUGCGAUAUCAUCGCCCAACGCGCUCAGCUUCUAGUGAAUCCGAUGACGAAAUCUCUCACUUGGAGUGGGAGACGGUGCGUGUGCGCUUCGUGAAGGCGGGUACCGUCGAACGUCUUGUCGAGGCACUGGCCACCGACGAUGGCGAGCUGGAGUCAACAUACGUCAACGUCUUCCUUGCCACUUAUCGUUCAUUUGCGGAAUGCAGUCGAGUACUGGAUCUCUUGCUGCGACGAUAUGAAGCACUGGCGAUGGAAGAUGUUCUCCCAGCAGCGAUUGACACAUCCCAACAACAUAGAAAGACUCUGGUGGCAUGUCUCCACGUCUGGCUGGAUACCUACCCGGAGGACUUUCGCCAACCCCCACACCAUCCCGCACUGCAGCAGCUUCUCGCCUUCACACAGCUUCACCUGCCUGGCUCAGAGCUACACUCGAAGGUGCUACAGAAGCUAGCGAUAUUCAGUGCGGAGCGCAACGGCAGCGCGGCGGGCGGCGUGUGCCUGGCGCCCGGCAUGCGCGUGCCGGCGCACCACACGAGCGCCUACCGCCUGCCGCACGUGCCGCACCGCCACUUCGCCGAGCAGCUCACGCGCAUGGACAUGGAGCUGUUCAAGAAGCUCGUCCCGCACCAGUGCCUGGGCGCCGUGUGGUCGCGCCGCGACAAGGACCGCUCGCACGACGCCGCCACCGUGCUGGCGACCGUCAACCAGUUCAACGCCGUCUCCUUCCGCGUCAUCUCGACGGUGCUCGUCGAGCCCAACCUGCGGCCCGUCGACCGGUCCGACAUCCUCGCGGCGUGGCUAGACAUAGCGAGGGAAUUGAGGGUGCUUAAAAAUUUUUCUUCUUUGAAAGCCAUAAUUUCGGGACUGCAGAGCAAUCCCGUGUACAGGCUGAGAAAGACGUGGGCGUUGCUAUCUAAGGAGAAAGCUGAAUUGUUCGAGGAACUGGCGAGGAUAUUCAGCGAGGACAAUAAUAGAUGGGCCCAGCGCGAACUUUUGAUGCGCGAGGGGACUGCGAAGUUUGCUGAUACGGUAGGCGAAAAUGAUAGACAAUUGCAAAAAUUGCUACACGAACGCGGAUCGCCAGGUGUCAGUAAUGGGACGAUCCCUUAUUUAGGUACGUUUUUAACUGACCUUACGAUGAUCGACACCGCUAUUCCCGAUACCGUCGCCGAUGGUUUAAUAAAUUUCGAUAAAAGAAGGAAAGAAUUCGAAGUGCUUGCGCAGAUUAAAUUACUACAAGGUGCUGCCAACGCUUACCAUUUGCCUACUGAUCCAAUGUUUGAUAGAUGGUUCGACUCGGUGAUAGUGCUCGAUGAUAGGGAGGCGUAUCAGCUAUCGUGUCAAAUCGAACCACCAACGAAUCCACCGAAAGAAAGGCGUCCGAAAAAAUUAAACGAUAACAAUAACCACGGACACAGGAAAAAUGAUUCUAUUGCUAGUACGAGUUCCAGCAAUAGUUCUCAAUUUUAUUGCGAGACAGAUGGUGUUGGAAAUACCUGGAAGAGAGAUAGCCUGGAGCGCCGAAUAUCACCGACAAGAUUGUCCCAUGGUUCGUCCUCGUCGUCUAUACCUUCAUUAGAUGUUUCUUUAUCAAGUGCAAAUAGUGGACAGAAACCUGCAAAUGGCAAAAUAGCAGCUACGAGUCCUGCUCACCCGAAUGCUAGGAGUGGUCCUGAUUUCUACAUAAUUCGAGUAACAUAUGAGUCCGAUUGUGUGGAGACCGAGGGUGUAGUGUUAUAUAAAUCAAUAAUGUUGAGCAACAACGAACGCACACCGCAGGUGAUUAGAAACGCAAUGCUCAAACUCAACCUCGAUGGCGAUCCUGAUGGCUACACCUUGGCUCAAGUUUUGCCGGAUAAAGAAAUGGUUUUGCCGGCUAACGCCAACGUAUAUUAUGCUGUUAAUACGGCGUACAACUUAAACUUCAUCUUACGACCUCGCAAGAGCCAACAAGAGGAGGCGAUUCUUAAUGGAAAAGCAAAAAAUAAACGAACUUGAUUAUACCUCAA